AUGCUUGCCACCCGCCUCGCCGCCGCCGCCGCCGCCGCCGCCGCGGCUCUCGCCCUCGGCCAAGCCGGACCGGCUGCCCACGACGCCGUCCCCCUCGCCACGACGCGGAACUACUGGAUGCGGAGGGCCAACCGCGCGCUCGACCAAGUCCGCCACACGCCCUGCCCCUUCAACGCCUUCGGCUCCGUCAUCGUGAACCACUCGGCCCCGGGGCUCGGCCACCUGAUUUGCAUGGGGGCGAACGACAUCGCCUCCGGGGACCCAACCCUUCACGGUGAAAUCGCCGCCAUCAACAACUGCAGCGCCCUUCUGACCGACCCCCGCGGCCCGUACAAGCUGACGGGCGCCGAGGCGCAGAGGGCCUGGGCGGACCUGACGCUGUACACCAACGCCGAGCCGUGCCCCAUGUGCGCGUCGGCCAUCCGCUGGGCCGGCUUCAAGGAGCUGGUCUACGGCACCUCCACCAAGACGCUGGCCCGGCUGGGGUGGUCGUCCAUCACCCUGUCUGCUGAGGAGCUGUUUAGCUACGCGCGCGGCUUGCGCCCCCAGACGGCCCUGCUGGGCGGCGUGCUGGACGGCGAGACGGACCGCUACUUUGCCUGGCAGUUUGACGGCGCUGCUGCGUGUCCGCGCGGCUGCGCGAGGGUGGACAAGACGUGUGUCAAGAGGGAGCUUGGGGAGCGCGAAACGGAUGCCGUGGACGAGAAUGCCAUGGACGGGAAUGCCAUGGACGAGAAGGUCAUGGACGAGAUGCGUGGGUUGGACAUGCCGACAGAGAGGUCAUGGUGA